AUACAUAAUGCGAAGCCAGCUAAGCCGGAUGUUUGGACAGCUCUACGCCAUGCAGAAAAAGUACAAUGAGGCAAUCAAGGCAUUCGCAGAAGAUGUGUACUUCUCUUCAAUCGAGUACGGCCCACAGGAUGUGAGGACAAGCUUAGGCUUCUACAACCUCUCAAAAGUGUUCGAAGCACUGAAUGAGACAGAGAAAAGCCUGGCGUGCAGUAGCCAAGUGGUAGAGAUAUGGCUCCAGACACUCAAACCUAUGUUCAUGCAUGCAGACUCCUCCUUGGCAACGGAGCCGUAUGAUUUCAGCACUGUGGUUAAUGUAUCUGUCCCGCUUGGCCUUUCGCAGCUGCGAGAAGUCUCUGACAUGCUCCAGGAUAUCUGUUCUCAGCGGUCCGAAGCAAACAGUCCUCAGCACCAGGUCGCCGGCACGCAGCUUGUAUUGGGGAUGGUAACUGCCCUUUUGGGAGACCUUAAGGCAGCCUACAAACAGCUGGACGCGGUGUCACAAUACUACAAAGGCGCAGACCCAGAAAAGGCAGCAAUCAUCACCGUAAUUCUGAGAAGACUUCUAGCCACAACAUCCAGAUUGCGGCGGAAUACCACCAAAAGGGUUGAUGUGAACUCGUGAUGAUGAUAAUGAUGAGGAUGAGGAUGAGGAUGAGGAGGAGGAGAUUGAGGAUCAUGAUGAUCAGGGUGGCGGUAUUACUGCCAUCAACAUCGCCUACAUCGUUGGUUGAUUGCUGAUGUUCCUCUGACAUGUUCAUUGCUGCUGUCAUUGCUGACAUCCAGCUGAGGCGGAUUGAUGCCAUAACAGAUUUCUUAAACAACUGCCAACUGACGCUCCCUAGGAAUUCAAUAGUCAGGACUCAGGAGCCAUGGCCAUAAGGACCUUGCAGGGGGCGGGUGCAGGGGUGAAAUCUACACAAUAACCACACGCUGGUGUGGCAGUGCCGCAGUGGUUGGGUGGGUUUAGGCAAACCCUGAGUCUCAUAAAACGAGGCCUA